GGCACCACCGUUCGGGCAGCCUCACUCACUCAUACUCACCACGCUUCACUCAAAUACACCACCACUCUUCACCCAUAAAUAAAUACACACAUAGAGAGAGAAAAAAAUCAAUUAAAAUUAAAAAUAAAGUGUGCUCUUUCCUUCAUAAGCAGGAGAGAAAAAGUUAAAAGCAAAGUUUAUUUUUUAUUUAUUUAUUUGUUUUAUGUUUUGGAAAAGAAGAAUGUGGGAAAAUGCUCUGAUUUCUGAGUUUUGAUACUUUUCAGGGUGGUUUUGGAAAAUGUUGGUUUUGAUGGGAUCGGGUUCUGGGUGUGGUGAUGGUUGGUAAUGGUGGUUUGCAUGUGAAAAAUUUUAGGGGGUUAGGGUUUUUGUGGCAUUUUGGGUUGUUGGUGUUUUGUGAUGGUGUUUUUGGGGGUGAGGUACCAUUUGGAUCUGAGGUUUGUUCUGGUAACAUAGUUUUUGAUGGAGAGAGAGUUGUGGGGGUUUGUUUUCUUCUGGUGGGUGCUCUUAGCUCACCCAUUGUGCUUGGUUUCUGCUAACAUGGAAGGUGACGCCUUACAUAACCUGAGGACAAAUUUACAGGAUCCUAACAAUGUUUUGCAAAGUUGGGACCCUACAUUGGUGAAUCCAUGCACGUGGUUUCAUGUAACAUGCAACAACGAUAAUAGUGUCAUUAGAGUUGAUCUGGGAAAUGCUGGUUUGUCUGGUCAACUUGUUCCACAGCUUGGCCAGCUCAAAAACUUACAGUAUUUGGAACUUUACAGCAAUAACAUUAGUGGACCAAUUCCAAGUGAUCUGGGAAAUCUUACUAAUUUGGUGAGCUUGGAUUUGUAUCUGAACCGCUUCAGUGGACCUAUCCCAGAGUCAUUGGGCAAGUUGUCAAAAUUGCGUUUCCUCCGGCUUAACAACAACAGCCUUACUGGUCCUAUUCCCAUGUCACUGACUAAUGUCACUGCUUUGCAAGUGCUGGAUUUGUCUAAUAACCGUCUCUCAGGUGUGGUUCCUGAUAAUGGCUCCUUCUCACUAUUCACUCCCAUCAGUUUUACCAACAACUUGGACUUAUGUGGCCCAGUCACUGGGCACCCUUGUCCUGGGUCACCUCCAUUUUCUCCUCCUCCUCCUUUUGUCCCACCAUCCCCGAUCUCAGGUCCAGGAGGAAAUAGUGCCACUGGUGCAAUAGCUGGAGGAGUAGCUGCAGGUGCUGCUCUGUUAUUUGCUGCUCCAGCAAUUGCAUUUGCAUGGUGGCGUCGAAGGAAACCACAAGAAUUUUUCUUUGAUGUACCUGCUGAAGAAGAUCCAGAAGUACACCUUGGGCAGCUCAAGAGGUUCUCACUCCGGGAAUUGCAAGUUGCAACAGAUACUUUUAGUAAUAAAAACAUUCUUGGAAGGGGAGGAUUUGGUAAGGUGUACAAAGGACGCUUGGCAGAUGGUUCACUGGUUGCUGUGAAAAGAUUGAAAGAGGAGCGCACACCUGGUGGGGAACUUCAGUUUCAGACUGAAGUAGAGAUGAUCAGCAUGGCUGUGCACCGAAAUCUCCUCCGUUUACGUGGGUUCUGUAUGACACCAACAGAAAGACUACUUGUAUAUCCUUACAUGGCUAAUGGAAGUGUUGCUUCAUGCUUAAGAGAGCGUCCAGCACAUCAACAACCCCUUGAUUGGCCAACAAGAAAAAGAAUAGCAUUGGGAUCAUCAAGGGGUCUUUCAUAUUUGCAUGAUCACUGUGAUCCAAAGAUUAUCCACCGUGAUGUAAAAGCUGCAAACAUAUUGUUGGAUGAGGAGUUUGAGGCUGUUGUUGGGGAUUUUGGGUUGGCUAAACUGAUGGACUACAAGGACACCCAUGUUACAACUGCUGUACGAGGCACAAUUGGGCACAUAGCCCCAGAGUACCUAUCCACUGGUAAAUCUUCAGAGAAAACAGACGUAUUUGGUUAUGGUAUAAUGCUUCUGGAGCUGAUCACUGGACAAAGGGCUUUUGACUUAGCUCGACUUGCGAAUGAUGAUGAUGUUAUGUUGCUGGAUUGGGUUAAAGGACUUUUGAAGGAAAAGAAGCUAGAAAUGCUUGUGGACCCUGAUCUCCAUAGCAAUUACAUAGAUGCUGAGGUAGAACAGUUAAUUCAGGUUGCACUGCUUUGCACACAAGGUUUCCCUAUGGACCGGCCUAAGAUGUCAGAUGUGGUGCGAAUGCUCGACGGUGAUGGUUUGGCUGAAAGAUGGGAUGAGUGGCAAAAGGUGGAGGUUCUGCGCCAGGAAGUGGAUCUCACCCCUCAUCCCAAUUCUGAUUGGAUUGUUGACUCAACUGAAAAUCUACAUGCAGUUGAGUUAUCUGGUCCAAGGUAACUCUGGUACAAUAGUAAGUUAAAGGGAUAAAAUAGAAUUAUUUGUCAUUUUUUUUCAGCUAUAGAAGUUUUCUUUCACUCUUGUUCCUUCCUGUAAGUCCAGUCCACUGCAUUGUAUUCAUUUCCAUUUGUGCAUAAGGGUCGCUUUCUUGAGUUACAAUGUGUAUCACCUGCUUCUGCUGUAGUUUGAUGAAGUGAAAUUUACUUAGAUUAAACAAUUGCAGCAGAACUAUGCACACUAUCUUUCAUAGUUUUCUAUAAUCUGCAAUUUUGAUGA